GCCGUGCCCGCCAAAUUUGAUUUCCUCCGUCGCAUUAUCUCAUCUGUUCACGUGCAUAUAAUUUUUAUAUCUUUUUUAUUGCUGAAUGUCAAAUAACUAACAUAACAUAACCUCACAUAACAUAACCUCACAUAACAUAACCUCAUAUCAUAUCAUAUUAUUUCAUACCAACCAUAAACACACAUUCAAUCUCAAGUCCAAAGUCCAAAGGCUAAGAUCCAAAAUCCACCACCCUCCAAUACAAACAAUCCUCCUCAAAUCCCACCACCACCACCACCACCACACACAUCACACCUUACCCCCCCUCAAAAAAAAAAAAAAAAAAAAAACAACAACCAUGUCAACCACCACCCGUUCCAUCCCACCCCUCUUAACACCCUACCUAUCUCUCCCCUCAGAAUCUUCUCUGAUCCUCCUAACCGGCGUAUUGGGCGCGGGUACCAAUUGGCUUUUACUGAGAUAUCUGAGUUCGAUAUUUUCAACUGGGGCGGAGAAAAAUGGUGAUGGAAUGGAUGGUGGAGAGGGAGAAACCAAAGUGCUGUUUUUGAGUUUUAUGAGAGAUAUGGCGUUUUGGAGAGAGGGCGCUAGGAAGAUUAAUCUCGACCUCGACAAACUAACCCAACAAUCACGCUUUCUCUUCCUCGACGGCCUCAGCUCUCUCCACCUCCCCCAAACCCAAGCUCCCCCCAACACAUCAGGAACACCCGUCUCAUCCCCUGACCUACCCACCCUCACCCGCCUCCUCACCCAAUCCAUCUCCUCCCUCUCCUCUCCCCCCGGAAAAACAAUCCUCAUCCUCGACUCCCCCGACUACCUCAUCGCCAGCACCCCCACCCCCCAAACCACCACUCAAGACCUCACCUCUCUCCUCCUCACCCUCCGCUCCCUCCCAACCCUACACUCCACAAUCCUCACCCUCUCAAUCGAUACUCCCCUCCUGACCCCCUCCCAAACCCCCCUCUCAACCAACUCCUCCGCCUUCACCACCACUCUCGCCCACGAAGCAGAUUUAAUCCUCAGCACGCGACUUCUCGAUACCGGCGCCGCGAGAGAUGUAAGCGGAGUACUACGCAUUACAUCUGGAGGGAACCCAAGCGAGGGCGACAAGGAAAAAGUAGAGGAAAAAGAACUCUUGUAUUUUGUGGGUGGGGAUGGGAGUGUGAGGGUUUUCGAGAGGGGUCAGUAGGUGGUGGAAUGAAUGAAUGAAUGAAUGAAUGUGUAUGGGUAUCGAUAUCGAUAUCGAUAUUAGGAUGAAGAGGGAUGGGAAUUGUAUUUUUAUUUUUACUUUCAAUUUUCAAUUUUCAUACUCACAGCGAGAGCUGCUUGGUGAACAUGAAGUUCCCAAUCUGAAGUAAUGAAAAAAAAAUCAAUUUUUUUUUUUUGGAAACGAGAUACCUCAAUAUCCAAUACCGCUCA